AUGGCUCAGGUAUAUAAUAAUCAACGUUCGGAUACUUUAUUUUUAGGCGGUGAGAAGGUCUCUGGUGAUGACAUUCGUAACCAAAAUGUGUUAGCAGCAUUAGCGGUGGCAAAUGUGGUUAAAUCAUCAUUAGGACCUGUAGGUUUGGAUAAGAUGCUUGUGGAUGACAUUGGUGACUUUACGGUUACUAAUGAUGGUGCGACAAUUCUAUCUUUGUUGGAUGUUCAACACCCAGCGGGUAAAAUUUUAGUGGAUUUAGCUCAACAACAAGACCGUGAGGUUGGCGAUGGAACGACUAGUGUAGUUAUUAUAGCAUCAGAAUUAUUGAAAAGAGCUAACGAGUUAGUUAAGAAUAAGAUUCAUCCUACUACAAUUAUUACUGGGUUUAAGGUGGCACUAAGAGAAGCCAUCCGCUACAUUGACGAAGUGCUAUCGCAGCCUGUUGAUACUUUAGGAAAAGCGACCCUUGUUAGCAUUGCUAAGACUAGUAUGUCUUCUAAAAUUAUUGGUUCCGAUUCCGAAUUCUUCAGCAAUAUGGUUGUAGACGCAUUGUUGGCUGUGAAAACCCAAAACAAUAAGGGUGAAACCAAAUACCCUGUUAAAGCUGUGAAUAUCCUAAAGGCUCAUGGUAAGUCCGCUAAAGAGUCUGUUUUAGUACAAGGUUAUGCUUUGAACUGUACUGUAGCUUCUGCGGCUAUGCCAAAACAAAUUACCGGUGGCAACGUUAAAAUUGCAUGUUUGGAUAUAAACCUGCAAAAAGCUAGAAUGGCCAUGGGUGUUCAAAUUAACAUUGAUGAUCCAGAUCAAUUGGAAGAGAUCAGGAAACGUGAAUCGGGCAUGGUGCUUGAGCGCAUUAAGAAGAUCAUUGAUGCUGGUGCCAAGGUUGUUCUAACUACAAAGGGCAUUGACGAUCUUUGCCUAAAGGCAUUUGUUGAGGCCAAAGUAAUGGCUAUUAGACGUUGUAAGAAGGAGGACCUAAGAAGGAUUGCACGUGCAACUGGAGCCCAAUUAAUUAGCUCAAUGGUUAAUUUGGAAGGUGAGGAAACUUUUGAGGCAGGGUACCUAGGUACCUGUCAGGAAGUUGUUCAAGCUAAAUUCUCAGACGAUGAAUGUAUUCUCAUCAAGGGAACGUCAAAGCAUUCCUCUUCCUCAAUAAUCUUGCGUGGUCCUAACGACUACUCUCUAGACGAAAUGGAACGUUCAUUGCACGACGCUCUAAGUGUUACCAAGAGAACUCUAGAGAGCGGACAUGUUGUUCCUGGAGGUGGGUGCGUAGAAGCCGCCCUAAACAUAUACCUGGAUAACUUUGCAACAACGGUUGGUUCCAGAGAACAAAUGGCAAUCGCAGAAUUCGCGGCUGCCCUUCUUGUUAUUCCAAAGACUCUUGCGGUUAACGCAGCCAAAGAUUCCAGUGAUCUCAUUGCAAAACUUAGAUCAUACCACUCUGCAAGCCAGCAAGCCAGGCCUAACGAUCUCAAGAAGAAAAAAUACAAGAACUAUGGUCUAGAUUUAAUUAAAGGCAAAAUUGUCGACGAGUUAAGUGCCGGUGUUUUAGAACCAACAAUCAGUAAGGUUAAAUCCUUGAAGUCUGCACUCGAGGCUUGUAUUGCUAUUCUAAGAAUUGACACCAUGAUCACGGUUGACCCAGAACCUCCAAAAGAAGACCCUCAUGGCCACUAG